UCUAGAAGACUAGAACACACAUUUUUCCGCUAGCAACAACAACAACAUUAAUAAUAAAAUAGAAAAUAGAGAGAAGGGAAAGCGCGACGGAGAGAAACAGAUAUCCAAAUAAAAAUGGCGUGCCAGCAAUUAGCCACCGCCAUGCCCCUCCGACAACCGGAAAUCUACUGCAGAGCCGGAAAUUGCCGAACGCCAACCAACUUUACCCGUUGCAAGAAGCGAAUCUCAGUAUCAUUAUCCGCCACUUCGCAGGAAUCGCUUCCUACUCAGCCCAAAAACCCCGAAAUCGAGCUCGAAUUCAUAGCGCCAAAGCAGGGAAACGACGGGUCGUACGAGGUGGAAAAGGCAAAAGCUAUAAGCGGAGAGAAACUGCUGAGGAACAUCAUGUUGGAUAACAAGAUUGAGCUUUACGCCACCUAUGGGAAAAUUAUGAACUGUGGAGGGGGUGGAAGCUGUGGAACUUGUAUCGUGGAGAUUAUUGAUGGAAAGGAUCUUUUGAAUGAAAGAACGAACACUGAACUCCGAUAUCUAAAGAAGAAACCAGAAUCUUGGAGGCUUGCUUGUCAGACUAUUGUUGGAAAUAAAGAAAAUUCUGGCAAGGUUGUGGUGCAGAGGAUGCCCCAGUGGAAAAAGUAAUUGAGCGCCCUGCCAGAAACAUUAAUGAACAUACUUUCUAAGAAAACAGGAACUCAAGUAUAUAUCAUCAUGCACUACCAACAGUCAUCACUUUACAUGGUAAAUAGCUUGGCAUUUAAAUGGAGUAAUGUGUUUUCCCAAUGUGUUACUGAUCAAUGAUUUGUCUUUCAUCGCUAGAACUAGGUUUGUACUUUUUAAAUUAUGAUAUGUAUAAAUAUUACACUACAAUUUAUUACAUUUCAUUAAUACAGAAAUUGGUGAUUGAUCUUGAUAUUUUAAA